GCAUUCAUGCAGUUGAUGAGGAUGUGAAAAUAAUAACCCUAAUGGUGGUACUGACAUUUUAGUCAAAGAUUGACAUUUAUUAUAGAAGGAAUUGGGGAAAAAAUCUGAAGCGAGAUCAUUUGACAUUGGUUUUUUCGUUGCAGCGUAAACACCUUUUAUUUGGACAGUGAACUUGUUCAUUUCAACAAAAUGUCAACCGGGAUAUUUAUUCUGUGUUUAAUUUUCACCGCGUUCUGUUUGUGCUUAGGCCAGAAACCAAGUAUCUACUACCUGCAUGUGAAGUCCGAUAUCCGGUAUCGAUUUGCUACAACCUUGGUCACCAGUAAAGUUGCUAAUCCCGCUAACACGUCACAGGAGAUCAAAUUUGACGUCACUUUACCAGAUGAAGCCUUCAUUUCAGAUUUUCAGAUGGAGAUUGGGGGUCGUAUUUACCCUGGGGAAGUUAAUGAAAAAGUCGUCGCCCAGAAGAAGUAUGAGGCUGCCAAGAAGAAAGGUCAAAGUGCGGGUCAAGUUAAACAGCAGCCUAGAAAAACAAACCGUUUCUCAGUGGAAGUCAACGUGGCAGCACAGGAAAAAGUCAUAUUUAAUCUGACCUACCAGGAGCUUCUGAAACGUAAACAUGGCUCAUAUGAGCAUGUGAUUUACAUAAAUCCGCAACAAAUUGUGAAAGAUCUGCAAGUUGAGGUCGCUAUAGAAGAAUCAAGAGACAUCACGAACGUCAGGGUACCACCUCUGCGAAACGACUUGGAGCAAACAGUGAACAUGACAGGUCAGAACUCACUGGCCGUAAUUGAGAGACCAUCCAAACGUUCGGCACGAAUCUUGUACAGUCCAACGGAAGCAGACCAGAGACAGAAGUCCAACCAGGGGAUCUCUGGACUUUUCGUAGUUGAGUACGACAUCGACAGAAAAUCCGACGCAGGGGAUAUUCUGGUGGUGAAUGGGUACUUUGUUCAUUUCUUUGCUCCCUCUGAGAUGGAGGAAAUCCCCAAAGACGUUAUUAUGAUACUUGACGUCAGUGGGUCCAUGGGUGGAACGAAAAUGAGGCAGAUGAAACAAGCUGUGCUGGCUAUGCUUAAUGACCUGCAUGAUGGUGACCGUUUUAACAUAUUACUUUUCAGCGAUGACGUCUAUUUUUACAAGGAUUCACCAAUACUUGCGAACAAAAAAUCGGUGGAUGCGGCAAAGAAAUAUGUGAAUGGCAUCAGUACAAUAGGAGGAACAAACAUAAACAGUGGACUCUUAGAGGGUAUCAACUUUUUCAAAAGAGCAGAAAAUACAAAGGAGAGGUCACAAGUUAUCUUCUUCCUCACCGAUGGACAACCAACAUCCGGUAUCACCAAUAUCAACAGCAUUCUGACAAAUAUUCAAAAUUCCAACUCCGAGCAUAAGUUUCCCAUAUACAGUUUGGCGUUUGGACGUGGAGCAGACUAUGAAUUCGUUAAGAAAGUCGCCAUUCAAAACAAUGGUUUGAGUCGUAAAAUUUACGAGGACUCAGACGCAACUCUUCAGAUCAAGGGCUUUUACGAUGAAAUCUCUGCGGCUGUUUUGAAGGAUGUUUCAUUUAAAUAUCUUAACAACGCAUCGACUGUUCAAAAUCUCACAACUGCAACUUUUCCCACCUAUUUCACGGGAUCUGAAAUAGUGGUCGCGGGAAAAUUAGAGGAUAAUUCGGUAAGACUUUUUGACUUAUCAGUAGAAGGUCUGGGAUCCAAAGGUUCUGUGGAAUUGGCUCUCUCGGCGGACGUAAAUGCAAACCCAUUCCCUCAACUUACCAAACCAGGGGACUACGAAAAAAUAACAGAGAAAAUUUGGGCCUACUUGACCAUCAAACAACUGCUAGAGAAAUCCAUCGGCGAGACUGAUUCAACUGCUAAAGAGGAAAUGAAAAAGAGAGCAUUAGAACUCUCACUAAAGUACAAAUUUGUAACUCCUCUUACCUCGAUGGUGGUCACGAAGCCGGAAGAGAGAGAUGUGGGAGACCUCAGUAAGGGAGAGGAUGACGAUUUGCUAUCUUCUCCUCCAAGUGGAUCAAGCGGCACUCCUCCAAGGGGAUCAAGCGGUAGCAAACCAUCUUACAGCCGUGGUGGUGGUGGUGGUGGUGGUGGUGGUGGUUCUUACGGAGGAGGGGGUGGAGGAGACCCACAUUUUAUGAUCAGAAUAAAGAAACUAGAGCAUCCAUUGUGUUUUGAUAUACCAGCCAAGUCAGGAGAUGUUCUUCGUUUAUUAACUGACCCCGAAACAGGUUUAUCUAUUAACGCUGGUAUUAUUCCAUCAUUUACGUUUGACAAACAUGGACGUAUGAAAACAUUCAUGGGGGAAGUUGUAAUCUUACAUAAGGAUCAUGUCAUGAAGAUAACACCAACAAAAAUUAUAUACGAUGGAGCAGAACUAUUUUGGGCAGACAAGAAACCAUAUAAAUUCAAUGACAUUGCAAUCGAAAUUUUGACUAUAAAGGGAAACAGGGUGAUUCAUGCAGACUUUGGGAAUAACGUUACAAUCUCCAUUAAAAGAACGAUUGCCUCUGUUAACAUGUCUGUUGACUACUUGAAUUUGUAUAUUGAAAACGAGGCUGGUCUUUCCCGAAAGUCGGACGGUGUUCUUGGCCAGUUUUUACAUCGAUUUAUUUCUGUCGUCAAAGUGAAGACCAACAAUAAAGAUCAGAUAAUUGGUUAUCUUCGGAUCAGGGAACCAGGUUUGAAGACCACAAGAUCUCGUUCUGUGCUCGUCAUGAAGCCAGAUAAAGUUACAGGAAAACGUGAAUUGUGCUGGAACGUUCAUACAAGAAGAGCCGAGUUAUUUGAUAAAAAUGUUGAAGAUUUCUUCAUAAAAAAUAUAAUGCAGAAAUAGCCUUAAUUGUUUUUCAUCUAUUCAUUGGAUAUAUUUCAUGUAAUAAACUGAUCUGAAUAAGACAUUGGCAUUUCAUAGCAUGCGCAUAUUUCUACUUCUUGUUAUCAUUCUUAUUUCGGCUGUAAAUGUUUAUGCAUAUUCUGAUUAUGUAUAGAAAAUCAAAAUGUCUUGUGUGCCAUAUGCAUGUAAUUUUUUUCAUGUUUCAUUUUUGUGAAACUGCUUAUAUCAAAAUAAACUAUAAACAAGA